AUGGUGUUGGAUAAGCACGACGAACUGGAAGUAAGUACUUCCAGUAUACCUUCAAUUCCGCCCAACGAGAUCAAAGGCAAGGAUUCAGAAAAUGAAUAUAACACCAAACUUGAGAAAAGAGUGAUGCGAAAGAUAGAUUUCUGGCUCGUUGGGUUUUACUCGAUUGUAUACAUCUUCCGGGUCAUUGAUUCUAACAACUACUCCAACGCCGCCAUAAUCAACCUAGAAGCCAACACUGGAAUCAAGAAAGAGCUUAAUUUCAACUCCUCCCAAUGGGCCUGGACACAGUCCAUCUUCUCAUACAGCUACCUUCUUUUCGAGCCCACCAAUACCAUCCUUCUCAAACGCGUCACGCCCUCGAGAUGGAUGUUCGUUCUAAUCUUGUCUUGGGGUAUCUGUGCCUGCGCUGCCGGCGCUGCACAGGAUUUUCCGGGGAUGAUGUGUGUGCGGUUUGCAAUUGGAAUGGCCGAAGCCGGGUUCUACCCUUCCGUGCUCUACCACAUGGCCUUCUGGUACAAACCAUCUGAGCUGCGCUGGAGAAUUGCUCUUUUCUACUCGCUUGGUCAGGUUUCCGGUGCAUUGAGUGGGUUGCUGGCGUAUGCCAUCAGUUUUAUGGAUGGAGCCGGGGGGCUAUCGGGCUGGCGAUGGCUGUUUGUUAUAGAAGGCCUUCCGGCAAUCUUGUUGUCUGUGAUAGCGUUAUUCGGUCUUCCAGACUAUCCCGAAAACGCCCGUAUGUUGACAGAAGAGGAGAGGGCUUUUCUAAAAGGCCGUCUGUCCUCCACAGCACCCUCUGGCAAAGACAAAAGCUGGAACUGGGCGGAUUUGAAAACUCUCCUCUCCAGUCCAACGCUGUAUACUUUCACGGUCUACUGGAUUGGACAUGGUAUUGGCGGAUUUGGAGUGAACUACGCUUUGCCUACUGUUAUCUACGAGCUUGGUUUUACUUCGACCGCUUUAUCGCAGCUAAUGAAUAUUCCUCCUUAUGUCGCAUGCUUUUUCUUUCUGAAUAUUCUUGGGUAUUUGCUACACAAAGGCUGGAUAAGGCCCUGGACUACUGCUGUCGCGAUCGAAAGCACGACAAUCAUCUGCUAUAUAAUCCUGAUUACAGUUCCAAGCUCACUCGUCAAAUACCUCGCCUUGGUUGUCGCCACCGCCUGUGCCGGAUCUGCGUACCCUGUCAUCUGGCCAGAACGUAUUCGUGCACUCGAGGGGACAGUGGCCGUGGGAAUUGGUAUUGGGCUGACGAAUGCCAUGGCUCAGUUAAGUGGCAUUGCUGGGCCUCAUGUGUACAGUACGGCGUUUGGACCGACGUAUCGAGUAUCAUACGUUAUCUGCCUCUGCUUCUUGUGUGCAGCUAUCUCGGGCAUUUUGGCUUCAUGGUGGCUUGUCUGGAGGAAGGAUCGGAAGAAUGAAUUGGACGCUGGGCUUGAAGAAGAUGGAUGA